AUGGCAGAAACUUGCACGGCGAUCAGCGUCCCAGGGACGUACUGGAGCUUCUGCCCUAAUGUGGGUGCCGCCGGCGCAUUUCUUGCCUUCUUCCUUUUAGCCUUCUUGGUUCAUGUGGCUCAAGGGAUCUAUCAUCGAAAAUGGUACACUUGGGUGAUUGCGAUGUCAGCCCUCUGGCAGACAAUCACAUACAUCCUCCGAAUCGUCAGCAUUAAGACUCCUGCGAGCUUGGGCGACUAUGCUGGGUGGUUCGUCUUGAUCCUCGUCGCACCACUCUGGACCAACGCUUUUGUAUACAUGGUGUUUGGACGCAUGGUCUGGAACUACGUCCCCGAUGCGAGUAUCCGUGGGAUACGCGCUUGGAAAUUUGGCAUGUACUUUGUCGUGCUUGACAUCAUCGCCUUCAUAAUCCAAGUCUCUGGCGCUGCCUCUGCCGAGAGUAGCAACACUGAAACUGUCGCGCAAACAUUGCAAGGUAUUCACAUCUACAUGGGCGGUGUCGCACUCCAGCAAGUUUUCAUCUUCGUCUUCUGCUACUUCGCAUAUGAGCUUUGGCAUUCGCUGCACAAACAGCAGAAGAGCGGCAUAAAGGUUUCGACUGCGUCUCCGAAUCUAAGUAUUCAGUCUGGAUUAGUCCUCUUGUAUGCCUUGGGAAUGGUGCUGGUUCUGAUUACACUACGAAUCCUUUUCCGUCUCGCAGAAUAUGCCCACGGUCUCACUUCGACUAUCCCAAAUCAUGAAGCGUACCAAUACUGUCUCGAUUCACUGCCCAUGUUACUCGCGUUCGUCAUUCUGAGUGUCGUGCAUCCUGGUUCGAUCAUGAAGGGUCCGGAGUGCGAGAUCCCGUCCAGGAAAAAGAGAAAGGCAAGUGGAAUAAUGUGCAAGAAGGAUGUUGUUGAUGAUGAUAGGUUGCAUGAAAUUUGUUAG